AUGUAUACUCCUCAUGUUAACAGAGACCCACUCUCCCGACCAGUGACAGCUGUACGCUUGCCUCCCCCCCCCAAGAACCAGAAGGCUCAAACUCCUACAGAAAUGCCACUUAGCCAAGCCAGCUCCUUCAAUCACAAGCAAGUGGAUAUUAAGUUCGACCGCAUCGGCGGGUCAAAGCAACCCUAUCCAUCCUUGCCACCUCCUCUAGCCGGUCGUCAAUGCUGUCGACAUACACAAACAACUCUGCGCUACAGACACACCUUUUUCUGCACAUGCUAUUUAACAUUCGGUCUAAUCUAG